GUUAAUUUUGGAAAGAAAUGGCUUGCUGUAGUUUUUGAAAAGUAUUUUCCAAGUUUGACGUAAUUCUUCUGCGUGUGCAAAGCAUUUUCGCAGAUUUCCGGCUCAGACAUUGGAUCUAAGACAAAAUGCCUUUCAAGCCACCAGAGAGAGCUUUCUGUCCUAAAUGUAACCAGGCCGUAUACGCUGCUGAAGAAAGAAUAGGCGCCGGGAAGAAAUGGCACAAGCAGUGCUUUAAGUGUGGAAUGUGUAACAAGGGUUUGGACAGUACAACUGUAGCGGAACAUGAGGGUCUGGUUUACUGUAAGGGCUGCCAUGGAAAGAAGUUUGGACCCAAGGGUUACGGAUUUGGAGCAGGCGCAGGCGCACUCAGCAUGGAGACCGGAAGUCAGUUCGGAAACAAGGAAAGCGAGAUGUCCAAUCGCCCUACUGAAGCCGUGAUUGGUACAAAAUCUGGUCCUGGACCUCACUGCCCACGCUGCCUACGUACUGUGUACGAUGCCGAACGCGCUAUUGGACUGAACGAUGCUUGGCACAAGUCAUGCUGCAAUUGUAAGGAGUGUCACAAAUCCCUUGAUGCGAGUACCCUGAGUAGACACGAAGUUGAGAUUUACUGCAAAGGUUGUUACGCCAAGCAUUUCGGACCUCAUGGUUAUGGAGUUGGGACUUUGGCGAAGUAAAAAGAGAAAAUAAAGACGCCCUAAUCCUUCCUAUGCCUGGAUCAAUUUUUGUGUUUUUUAAGUUCCCCAUAGUUCAGUGGUAGAUUGCAUCCCGUUUAGUUAAGUCAUACGAACCACAGAAGAUUUCACCAUUAACGAUGACGUUGUUAACUAGGACCUCCACAAUCCAGUGUCAAUUGUUCAUAGUUUACCAAGCAGUAAUCGGGGGAAAAUUCCAAUAGCAGUUCCCCGAAAUGUCCCUUUAAUAUGAUCCCAAGUACUAAAAAUCAUAAGAGAGUACUCAAUUAGAAUGGGGAUGUAUAGUUAUACAAAAUAUGGAGAGACUGUUCAUAUCAAAACUUUGUAUGUCAUUUAAUUUAUUAAAAGAAGAAUUUGUAUAUGUGCGUGAAUAAACAAAUGAAUGUUU